AUCCAAGGGGCAUUCACGAUAGCAGCCCAAGAACUUUUUCUGCAGGUAGGGGAAAAUACUGGGAUGCCUAGUCUCCCGUAUUCCCCAUUCCUGGGCCUAUAAAAGUCGGCACCUUUGCAGUUGUGGCUGUUAUGUAUUUUCCAUCUCUUUCACUGACAUUUCUUUCCCUUCACAAUGGCACCUCAUCCAUUAGACAUCCUCUCAGCAGAGGAGACCAACAGUGCCCGUGACCUCAUCCUAGGUCUCCAUCCCGACGCCGUGUUGAGCUUUCGUGAGAUAUACUUGGACGAACCGCCAAAAGAGCAGCUCAUCCAAUACUUGUCCGCGGAGCACUCUGGAAAGGAUGCUACUCCCCUACCUCGACGUGCUCUGGUACAGUACGACGUCAUCGGGACCGAUAGGGUCCCCCAGUUUCAUGAAGCCAUUGUCGACCUCGACGAACAAAAAAGAGUCUCACAUGUGGUAGUUGACAAAACUCAGCAUGCGAGUUUGACACUUUCGGAAUUUGACACUCUUGUUGAGGUCUGCACGGCCUCUCAGAUGUUCAAAGAUGUCUGUGCCGAGUUUUCUCUUCCCGAGGGGUUCGAAGUCAUCGUCGAACCGUGGCCCUACGGUGGAUUGUCCCCAGACGAGGAGAACCGACGCUACUUUCAAGGCCUGUGCUUUGCUCGAGACACGAGAUCUGGCAACCCUGACUCGAAUUUCUACGCCUAUCCUUUGCCUUUCAUACCUGUCAUGGACGCGCACAAAAGAGAAAUCAUCCGAAUUGACCGACUUGCAACCGGUGGCAAAGGGGAUGCACUGGAUGCAAAGACCUACGCCAAGAACAUCAUCGACCAUUGCAAGACCUCAGAAUAUGUUCCCGAGCUCUUGAAGAACGGCACACGGAAGAACCUUAAGCCUCUCAAUGUGCUCCAACCGGAAGGUCCUUCGUUCUCUGUAGAGGGGGGUCUGAUCGAAUGGCAAAACUGGAGAUUCCGUGUGAGCUUCAAUCCCAGAGAAGGAGCAGUCAUACACGAUGUCCAUUUUGGCGGCAGAAGCGUGAUGUACAGAUUGAGCAUUAGCGAAAUGACUGUUCCUUAUGCGGAUCCUCGUGGGCCUUUCCCUCGCAAACAGGCAUUCGACUUUGGCGAUGGCGGAGCUGGAAACUGCGCCAACAACCUCUCCCUGGGGUGUGACUGCCUCGGGGUCAUCAAAUACUUUGACGGCGUCGUCACUGGCCCCGAUGGUACCGCCAAAACCGCACCCAACGUCAUAUGCCUCCACGAACAAGAUAACGGUAUUGGCUGGAAGCACACAAAUUGGCGGACAGGACGUGCUGUUGUCACACGGUAUCGUGAGCUUGUUGUCCAGUUCAUCAUUACGCUGGCAAAUUACGAAUACAUCUUCGCGUACAAGUUCGACCAGGCGGGUGGGAUCACUGUGGAAACUCGGGCAACGGGCAUCGUGUCAGUCGUCAACAUCGACCCAGGAAAGACCAGUCCAUACGGAAAUGUCGUGUCACCUGGCGCGUUAGCACAGAACCAUCAGCAUGUUUUCUGUGUCCGCAUCGACCCGGCCAUCGACGGAUACAAGAACACAGUCUUGGCAGAAGAGUCACAUCGCGUGCCCAUCAACAAAACGACAAAUCCACAAGGAAACUUUUACGAAGUCCGGCAGACGGUCAUCAAUCGGAGCCAAUCUCUGGACGCCGCUCCACAGCAUAACCGGAUUAUCAAAAUGGUCAAUCGGAGCAAGACGAACCCCAUAAGUGGGAAGCCGGUCGGCUAUAAAUUCACACCAGCGGCAACGCAAUUGCUGCUUGCGGAUCCCGAUUCGGUCCAAUCCAAGCGAGCACUAUUCGCACAACAUCAUAUCUGGGUGACCAAACAUCUCGAUGGCGAGCUGUACGCAGGGGGCAGAUAUACUUUGCAGAGCCAAAAUGAAAUCGGCGGUGUUGCUGACGCCGUGGAGCGCGAUGAGGUGGUCGAGGAUGAGGACGUCGUCGUCUGGAAUGUGUUUGGGCUGACCCAUAAUCCCAGAGUGGAGGAUUGGCCUGUCAUGCCGGUCGAAAUCCACCAGCUGCACAUCAAGCCCACGGAUUUCUUCACGGAGAACCCGGCAAUCGACGUGCCGUCGACGAAGAACGAAGCCUCUGUGUUGACAAAUGGGAGUGCGCAUUCUCAGAACGGUUGCUGCAAAUGAGACUACGGCCUUUUGCAAUAGUAGCGAGAAUAGUUCUGUAUGAUACCUACAUUAUGUAGUUGACUGGUCAGAGGCUGAAAAAUGACGGAAAGGAUGAACAAAAUGCAAGCACCGAAUUCGCCGUAUCCGGCUAGCGUAUUCUCGAUAUUGCGCUAACUAUUUGUGGGAUAGCGCGUUACUCCUCGAUAGUACCAAAACGGGUGACUAACGUGCUCGGCAAUAUCAAUGCUAUACUAGAGUUUAUCGCCGUUGUGAGGCUAUGAUUAAGCUUCAGAAUGGCGUUUCCUGA